AUUGAAGUUUUAAAAAAUUCUCAUCUCAAUUUUAUAUAAGCGAAAUACAUAUGUUUCUUUACGAGAAUAAAGUAAACAACAUAAUUCCAUAAAAUCGGCAACAACACGUCGUCGAGAAGCAUUUUUGCGACCGAAUAAUAAUAUAUCUACUUACGUUUGAUAACGAAACAAAUUAAUAAACAUUUAAUUCAAAUGUGCUUAAAAAAUCUUAGAAGACAGAGCGGUGACAAUGCUAGGGACACCACGCGAUUAAGCGGUUGGUUGCAGGUAGGGCGUUGACACUCGCUCCUCGAGUGGCGAUGCGCGUGUGACGCUGACUGGUUUUGCGGUCGCGCCGAUUACACCGUCGUCGUAAAGUACACACGUAAUACGGUCGAAAUUGUUAUGAAUUGAUCCGGCGUGAAAACAUGUCAAUUGAUCUGACGAAAAACAGAGACGCCCUCGUGGCCGCCUGGCAGAGCGUGGUGGACGAGAAAGUGCCUACUAACUGGGCCAUAUUCGGAUAUGAAGGACAGACAAAUAAUUUGAAAGUGGUAGGAACGGGAAAUGGUGGGUUGGAAGAGAUGAUAGAUCGAUUGAACAGCACUCACAUCAUGUAUGCAUUUUGUAGAGUUAUCGACACUAAAACAAGUCUACCUAAGUGUUUGCUUAUUAAUUGGCAAGGAGAAGGUGCUCCAAUCGUUAGGAAAGGAACAUGCGCCAAUCACAUCAGAGAUGUGGAGCGAUUAUUAAAAGGAGCACAUAUAACAAUCACCGCGCGUUCUGAGGAUGAUGUAGAAGUAGAUGUAGUUAUGGAAAAGCUUGCCCGAGCAACAGCUUCCGCGUAUAAAUUUAAUGAACCUCGCGGUGAAAAUGAAGGACACACAGGUCCUAUUGGAACAACAUAUCGCAGAGUAAUUCCUGAACAAGAGAUAAACGCAACGGAAAGAGAUCAGUUUUGGCAGAAGGAAGAAAUGGAAGAGAAAAAGAGACUGGAGCAAGAACGACUUCGUCAAGAAAAAGAACGACAGAAGAUAGAACAAGAAAUUAGAGCUCGUGAAGAAAAGGAAACACAACUACGCGAACAAAAGGUAACCGCCAAGGAAAAUUCAAUCGCGCGGCAGAAGUUGGCCGAACAGCGUGCGGAAGACGUAAACAACUUGCGCAAUCAGUUAGCCGAUCAAAAUUUUAGCAAUGACGUCGAAGACGAUCAUAAAUCGCGAAGCGAAGAAUUACGAAGGCAGAGAAGUAAAGAGACGCAACAGUUGAUAGCUCAGAGAACAAUUAACGCACGAGCGAUAUUCGAGAAGAAUUCGGCCGCCGGCCAAAUGAAGACGGGUUCGAUUCAACAACAACAACAACAACAACAAUUCGUACCCAAGAACAAUCACGUGGAGUCUGUGAGAAAAGCGUUGGAGGAAACUCAGAUAAAGGAUCAGCCGGAAGUAAAAGAAAGAGAAAACCUUGCAAGUGUAGAAACACUUACGACCUCGUCUACAGUGCCUCAGUCUCAAACAAUCGAGCAGGAAUCGAAAACAAUUGUGAAUCCGCAACCGGAAGCCGAACAGGUGGAAGCUAAGGAGCAGAUUACCGAAAGCGAAUUGUAUAAUCAAUUGGACGGUCCUUAUCUAUACUUCGACCCUAACAACGAGGGAAUGAAAGCUAGAGCUUUGUACGAUUAUCAAGCCGCCGACGAUACGGAGAUUACUUUCGAUCCUGGAGAUAUAAUUACGCAUAUAGACGCUAUAGACGAAGGCUGGUGGCAAGGGCUCGGACCCGAUGGGACUUACGGACUAUUUCCUGCCAAUUACGUUGAAGUUAUCGACAAUACAACAUGAUAAGACGUAUUCUCGAAGAAAUUUAUUGAGAAUACAUUGUUUUUUUUGUUGCAAUUAUCGAUAUAAAAUUGUUUGGGUGUGCAAAAGUUGAUGCUCGUUGCAAUUUUAUCUAUUAAACGCUACGUUCUUGAUCGUAAAAUGCGCGCGAUAUAAUAAUUUUAAACAACUAAAAAUUGUUUUGUUUUGCAAUGAAAAAAAAAACGUGCUUGUCAUGGUUUGAUGGUUGAAAAAGCACAUGUUUUUUUAUGACGUUUUGACAUCUCUCCUACGCUAUUGUUCAAUCUUUAAGUACAUAUGCAAGAAAGUGAGUAUAAAAGUUAAUAUUCCACUUAGCAAACUCUCAAAGAAGCCAAUGAAGUGUUAGUUGUAACCAGUGAAGUGUGUCUUCCCGCCAGAUCGUAUACAAGUUUUAUCCACACAGUAUGUAACUAACCGCUAUAGUAUACAUAUAUACAUAUAUAUAAUAUAUAUAUAUAUCUUUUUAUAACAUCUUGUAUCGAAGAAAAUAUCAAGAUGUAGCAAUAACUGAAAUGUGCAACUUACAAUACAGGAACAGAACUGAAAGCUAUACUUACUUAAACUUAUAUAAUUUGUGAAACGAGGAACACUUCUAUUUGUUAUAGUUUAAUGACAGAUUUAGCAUUAAAGCACAUACACCCGCUUAUAUACACUGCUUUUCCACCUUUUAUAUUACUUGUUACUUAUAUUGGUGCUAUAUUAUAUCACAAAAAAAGAAAAGAAAAAGCACGGGAGUGCCGAUAAAUUGCCGAGAAUGCGAUCCCUAAGGACGUAGAUCGACACGUUAUGUAUGAAAAACUAUUUUAUUGUAUGAGAGUAGAAAAUUUUUAUAGAUAAUUA